CUGGGGCGUCUUCCGCGCUGGGACGCGGUGACACUUGUCUCCCUCUUUCGAGGGACAGUCGGGGCAGCCAUGCUCUGGUCCGGGGGUGAGCUGCCGGCGCAGGAAUGGUUCAUGGUGCAAACCAAAUCGAAACCCCGAGUGCAUCGGCAGCGGCUGCAAGUGCAGCGCAUCUUUAGGGUCAAGCUGACUGCCUUCCCGAGUCGUCCCGACACCUCCUACUUCUGGCUGCAGCUUGAGGGGCCCCGGGAGAACACGGGCAAAGCUAAGGAGUAUCUAAAAGGUCUGUGUAGCCCAGAGCUGUGGAAGGAGGUUCGCUACCCACCGGUCCUGCACUGCGCCUUCCUUGGGGCCCAGGGUCUGUUCCUGGACUGCCUCUGCUGGAGCACCUUGGCCUACCUGGUGCCUGGCCCCCCUGGCUCCCUGAUGGUGGGUGGGCUCACUGAGUCUUUCACCAUGACCCAGAACUGGUUGGAGGAGUUGGUGGCACGGCUGCGCUGGGGCCCUGCCCCUCUGCUCACCCCCCGGGGGAUCUGGGAAGCUGAGGUGACCCGGGCCUUUGGGGCCCUGGUAUGGAUCCGUGGUGACCAGUAUUCGGGCGAUCUGCUGCAGCUGCCCCCAGCAGUCCAGGAGUUGCUCCUGAGCCUGGUGCGGGAUGCCGCAGGCAAGGAGGACAUCAUUGAGUGGCUGAGCCACUUUGGCAUCUCCAGUAUCUGCUCCGACCCAGAGGUCCUGAUCUGCCCUUCUCAGCAGCAGAAGCAAGGCACAACUGUGGUGUCCAUAGGAGAAAGCCCUACACCUUUCCUGGAGAUAGGGGCCCUCCCAAGAGGGGGCUCAGAAAAUCCAAGGACAUUAACCAGCCUAGGAGCCACUGCGUCUCUGAUCCCAGUCCAGAGCACCCAGCAGGAAACAGCAAACCAGCUGGUACGGGUCUGUCCAAACAACCAAGGUGAUAAGGACAGAACUCAAGAGGAAGGGCUGGAUAUGCAAGCCACCAGCAGCCAGGACUCUGCAAACCAUACACAACAGAAGCAAGUACAGAGGAUGAAAGACAGAUUCUCCUUCCAGCCACCCGUGUCAGCUCUGGGUGUGGGUACAUCCUGGAAGGCCUGGACCCCGGGGCCAACCUUUGGGCCCUUGUGGCCAGGAUCUAUUGCUGCAACCUUCUGGAGGAUCAAUGAACUGCAUUCUCUCCACCUGGCCUGGCUUCUGUCCCAGGCCUUCAAUUUCCCCUUGUGGCAGAGGCCCCUGGGCUCCAUUCAGCUGAAGCUGCCAGGGCAGAAUUCUUUGCCUUUAAACCUAGAGUGGAAGCAGAAGGAGUUGAUUCCUCUGCCGAGUGCAGAAAGCCCGACUUGUAGACCAGAUGGGGAGACAGGAGGUGAGACUGCCCUACAGAACUGCCCAAGGCCAGAGUCUCCCCCAAAAGUCAUGAGUUUUUUGUUGGUCCCAGGGGGCUGUGGUAUAAAAGACAAGGUUAGCCUAGGACUUCCACAGGUAGGGCCAUCUUUGACUAUUACACCCCAAGUACAAGAUGAAGGUGAGCUGGGAGAUCAAAGAAACAUGCCGUCAGAUUAUAAGGGCCUGGAAAAGGGCUCCUCUCCAGCACUGCUCCCACAGAAAGGGGUGCCCACAGCUCAAGGCAAGUCUAUGGCUCAAGGGAGAUUGACAACACAGUCAGCAUCUGAAGCUCAAACAGUGCCUGAAACUCUUGAAGUGCCCGUGGCUGCAGCAGUGCUCAAAGCUGAAAACCCAGCCACAGCUGAAGGGCCACCUGCAGCUCCCAAAGUGCCUACAGCCCAAAAGACAAUGGCAGUGCACACAGAGCCCGCAGUGCCUUCAGCUCCAACAAAGCCGGCAGCACCUCACAUGCCCACAGCUCAAAAAACAUCUGUGGAUCAAGCAGCAUUGGUGUUGGUAUCGAGGACUCCUCAGACUCCCACAGGUCAGAAGAUGCCUGCAGUGAAAACAUCUGCAGCUCCCCAUAGUUGCACAGCUCAAACAGUGCCUACAGUCAAAACAGGGUCUGCAGUGUCCAAAACACCUGGGGCCCCCAAAACACAUGCAGCUUCUAAAACCUCCAGAGCCUCAAAAGCAUCUGCAACCCAGAAGGCAUCCACAGCUUCAGGGACAAACUUGGAUGUAGCCAAACUUUUGGGUGAGCUUCAGCCUUCAUUAAGAGGUAGUGCCAACUUGACAAAGGGCCAGGGGAAGGCUGGAAGGCAGGGUCCGCAGGCCAGUAACACCUUGGCCUCCAGCAGUAAGCACCAAUUCCUGAAGGAAGGACUCCUUGGGGCUUGGGAGGAGGGCCUGAGGCAGUCACCUCACCAUCCACGGGCAAACAACACAGUUACCAGCUUCCAGAGGUACCAUGAGGCCCUGAACACACCCUUUGAGUUGAACUUGUCGGAAGAGCCUGGGAACCUGGGGCUGCGGCGAGUAGUUAUUGAUGGCAGCAGUGUGGCUAUGGUACAUGGCCUGCAGCACUUCUUCUCCUGCCGAGGCAUUGCCAUGGCAGUACAGUAUUUCUGGAACCGGGGACACCGAGAAGUCACUGUGUUUGUACCUACCUGGCAGCUGAAGAAGAGCCGGAGGGUGAGAGAGAGCCACUUUUUGACAAAACUCCACUCUCUGAAGAUGCUUUCAAUCACUCCCUCCCAGCUGGAGAAGGGCAAGAAGAUCACCACCUAUGAUUACAGGUUCAUGGUAAAGUUGGCAGAGGAGACAGAUGGUAUCAUUGUCACCAAUGAGCAGAUUCACAUCCUAAUGAAUCAUUCCAAGAAACCAAUGGUCAAAGAUCGCCUGCUGCCUUUCACCUUUGCGGGGAAUCUCUUCAUGGUACCAGAUGACCCCCUGGGCCGUGAUGGUCCUACCUUGGAUGAGUUUUUGAGGAAACCAAACAGGUUGGACAUGGACAUUGGCAACUUCCUAAAGGUAUGGAAGACUCUUCCUCCCCGCUCAUCCAGCAUCUUUGAGUUGAGUGAUGAUGCUGACCCUGGGCCUGUGGAGGGUUCAGAGGACAUGGAAGAAGUCAGGAAGGAGAAAGAGGAAAGUCCAGAAGAGGAGCGAGUCAGGGAAGAGAAGAAGGAAAGGCUGGAAGAGGAGCUGAGGGAAGGGUCAGGGAUGCAGAAGCUGGCUGAGGAGGAUAACCCUGACUCUUCCUUGGCAUCAGUGUUUGGAGCUGAGUGCCCUUCCUUUUCUGAAGAAAUCCUUCGUUGCCUCAGCCUCGAUGAACCCUUCAAUGGGGCCUUAGACAUUGACCUUCUGCCAGGGGUGGCCUCUCCCUACUUGGGUGUCCCCUGGGAUGGGAAGGCUCCUUGCCAGGAGGUUCUUUCCCAGCUAGCCCAGAUGACUAUCCCUAGCAACUUCACUGCACUCUCCUUCUUUGUGGGCUUCAUGGAAUGCCACCGGGAUGUCAUUCCUGACUAUGAAGUCCUUGUGGGCCCCCUUCAUGGCCUCCUCAAGCAGAAGCCGGACUGGCAGUGGGACCCAGAGCAUGAGAAGGCUUUCCUGGCUCUAAAGCGAGCCCUAGUAUGUGUUCUUUGCCUGUCAGCCCCCAACUCCGAGCUGCCCUUCCACUUGGAGGUGACUGUCAGCCAAGUAGCCCUGACGGCCGUCCUCCACCAGGAGCAUUCGGGCAGGAAGCACCCCAUUGCCUAUACCUCAAAGCCCCUCCUCCCUGACGAGGACAGUGAGGGCCCUCAGUCUGGAGGGGACAGUCCCUAUGCUGUGGCUUGGGCCCUCAAGCAUUUUUCUUGCUGCAUUGGAGAUACUCCUGUGGUCCUAGGCCUUUCCUACGCCUCCCGCACCACUGUGGAUCCCAAAGCACAGGAAGACUGUGGGGCUUCCAGAGCUUGGCUGAUCCGAUGGUCCCUCUUGGUACAAGACAAAGGCAAGAGGGCUCUAGAACUGACCCUUCUCCAGGGCCUCCUGGGGGAAAACCGGCUGCUGACACCUGCUUCCUCCAUGCCUCGUUUCUUCCAGGCUUUGCCUCCUUUUUCCGACCUCUCCGCUUUUGUCUGCAUCCACAUGUCUGGCUACUGCUUUUACCAUGAUGAUGAGUGGUGUGCUGGCUUUGGUCUCUAUGUCUUGUCUCCCACCAGCCCUCCUGUUUCCCUUUCCUUCUCAUGCUCUCCUUCCACACCCACCUAUGCCCAUCUGGCAGCUGUGGCCUGUGGCCUGGAGCGCUUUAGCCAGUCACACUUUCCAGUCGUUUUCCUCACCCACUGCAACUGGGUGUUCAACCUCCUCUGGGAGCUCCUGCCCCUCUGGAGAGCCCGGGGCUUCCUUUCCUCUGAUGGGGCUCCACUACCUCACCCAAGCCUGCUCUCCUACAUUAUAUCUCUCAUCUCUGGCCUCUCAUCCCUUCCCUUUAUCUACCGAACCUCCUAUCGGGGUUCUCUGUUUGCUGUCACAGUGGAUACUCUAGCCAAGCAAGGUGCCCAAGGGAAUGGAGAGUGGUGGAAUUUACCAAAGGAUGUGCCAGUCCCAGUAGUGACUCCCCAUACCAUGUGCAGAAAGCCUAACUUGCUGGCGUUACAGCUGAGUGACAGCUCCCUGGCUGAUAUUAUUGUCAAGCUGCAGGCUGGGCAAAAAUUGUCUGGCUCCUCCCCCUUCAGUUCUGCCUUUAAUUCACUCAGCCUGGACAAGGAAAGUGGCCUACUUAUGUUCAAGGGAGAGAAAAAGCCCAGGGUCUGGGUAGUCCCAAGGCAACUCCGGAGGGAUCUGAUUUUCUCUGUGCAUGACAUCCCCAUGGGGGCCCACCAGAGGCCAGAGGAGACAUACAAGAAGCUGCGGUUGCUGGGGUGGUGGCCUGGGAUGCAGGAGCAUGUGAAGGAUUACUGCAGGAGUUGCUUGUUUUGUAUCUCCCGGAAUCUCAUAGGUAGUGAAUUGAAGGUGAUUGAGUCCCCAUGGCCUCUAAGGUCAACUGCCCCCUGGUCACACUUGCAGAUUGAGGUGGUAGGUCCAGUCACCAUAAGCGAGGAAGGCCAUAAGCAUGUUCUCAUUGUGGCUGACCCCAACACCCGGUGGGUGGAGGCAUUCCCACUGAAGCCGUACACACACAUGGCUGUGGCCCAAGUGCUGCUCCAGCAUGUGUUUGCAAGGUGGGGUGUUCCCGUGAGGCUGGAGGCAGCCCAGGGUCCCCAGUUUGCCCGGCACGUCCUGGUGAGCUGUGGGCUGGCCCUGGGAGCCCAGGUGGCCACACUGAGUAGAGACCUCCAGUUUCCCUGCCUCAUUAGCUCAGAAGCCUACUGGGAAUUCAAGAGAGCCCUGAAGGAGUUCAUCUUUCUGCAUGGCAAGAAGUGGGCAGCCUCCCUGCCCUUGCUACACCUGGCUUUCAGGGCCUCUUCCACACAGGCCACACCCUACCAGGUCCUCACUGGGGGCGAGGUGAAGCUGACUGAGCCGUUGUGGUGGGAGAUGAGCAGUGCAAACAUUGAAGGGCUCAAGAUGGAUGCUUUCCUGCUGCAGCUGGUGGGAGAGCUGCUGGAGCUCCACGGGGGGGUGGCUGAAAAGGCUAGUGAGAAGGCCGAGUACAGGCGUUUCAAGCGGGAAAGCCAGGAGAAGGAGUGGAACGUAGGUGACCAGGUUCUCUUGUUGUCCCUCCCCAGAAAUGGCAGCAGUGCCAAGUGGGUUGGUCCCUUCUAUAUUGGGGAUCGUUUGAGCCUAUCACUCUAUAGGGUGUGGGGCUUCCCGACCCCAGAGAAGCUGGGGUGUGUCUAUCCCAGUAGUCUGAUGAAGGCCUUUGCCAAGAGUGGCACACCUCUAUCCUUAAAAGUCUUGGAGCAGUGAGGAGAGUAGUGGAGGAGACCCUGUCCCAGGGGCCCUGGGAUUCUGCUGCUAGGCUUCCCCUUGCUCCAAGCAAUACUCUCAGCUCUUUGAGGGUUCUCAGUUGUGCCUUGUGUAGAGAAGUUUUGCUAAAUUGCCUUGACAUAGGGACAAGUGUCCCUGUGCAAACAACUCCAGCUUGGGGUAUUUUGAGAAUUUGUCCAGGGCUGUCAAAUAUGGGCCUCAGGGAGGCCUCUGGUGAUUUUACACUGGGGAGUAUGAGGUCCCCUUACUACUUUAGGCCAGGCGCAGAGUCUUCUCCCCAAGUGCCCUCCUCCCUAUCACACACAUGCAGGUGUGGCACCUGGCCGGCAUAACCAUUAAAGAACGUGGCUCUGGAUCUCACAACUGGAGCCACAGCCCUUUCCUUAAUAGAACCUCAAAUGUGGGUGCCUUCCCUCAGCCUGUGCAUUUGGGGACUCUGCGCUUGGAGUUUUCAUUGACAUAGACUUACAUUGGAUGUGGGACGGUAGCUGCUCCCCAGCCUCAUGUGAGCUUUCUUAGGCCAGACUCGCCUUCCCAGCUGUCCAGGAAGGUCUGAAGUUCUCUUGGACCCAAAGGGCAGUGGCUGUGGGGUGGGAGGUGACCAGCCACAAGCCACCCACUUGUAGACAUGAGUAAACGAUGAGUGGAGGGAGAUGAAUUGGCCUACCUCAUUUGACUCCUGCUAAUGGAGACAGUGCCUGGUGCCUGCUGUGAUGGUGUUCCCAGGAGUCCAGGAUCUUGAUGCCAAGUGUGGCAUCUCUACUGGAAGGGCUGCUGCUACUAGGUCAAGGGACUUGCCUUUACUUGAAGAGGUGAGUGAUGGACAUGAGUGAUUUGGUACACAGCCAGGUGCUAGGUGGCUUUACCUCCCAUGCCUUCCUACCCCAUCCCAAAGCCCACAGUGUUCUCCUUCCACUUGCACCAUACAUCCUACAGAGUGUGUGACUGCUUUGUCUGAAUCACCCUGGUUCUUUAGGUCUGCCUUCUGUGUAGAGUGAAAUUCAGGUCCUCUCAGAGCCACUGGGUAAAGGUCACUCUUGCAGUGAGAGUGUGCCUCUCAUAAGCAUGAGUGGUCACACCCACUCCUUGACCUAACUGCUACUGCUGACUUGCUAGUCUGCAGAGGGAGGCUCAGUACCAUGCUUCCUGGCUGGGCCUCUGAGCAGGUUCAUUUCUUUUGAAGUUGAGCCAGUCCUCUUGCCUAGCACAGGCUGCUAGAACACUUGACAUUGUGAAAUGCUGUAGUCAGAGGAGAACUUUCCAUUGGGUCCACCUUGCAUGUCUUACAGUAAAGAGGUCCAGAGAAAUGUCUUCCCCAAAGUCACUUAGCUCAUUGGUCACUGAGCAGGGACCAUGAUGAAGAUUUCUGACUUUCAGUUCACCAGGGAAAGGAUUUUGGCAAUAGGUUCAAGCAAGAGAAUCCUUUGAAAUUCUGCACCUUAGAGUCUCCAUUUCCCAACUCUUGCACACAAACUACCUGGAUGUUGUCCUUAAUCCAGCUGUUAAUCCUGUCCAGGAAUGAAUGACUGAGAACUAUACUCCAUUUUCUCAUCCACCUUGUGCUUGUCUCUUUUGCUUUUCUGGCUCCUCUACUAGAAUGUCCAACCUUACAACCGCCCUAGUGCUUCCCUUCUUGUCAGCUACAAUUCUUGAUCCUAGUCUCUUACAAGUGACCUUUUUUCAUUUUAUUUUUCAAUAAAUGUAUUAAACUGGA